AUUAGCGGUGACGCGGCGCGCAUUGAUUUGACAGGUGUUUCAAGACAGUAAUCAAACAAACAAACAAACAAACAAAAUCUUUACCACAGAGUCGGCGCUGCUGCUUUGAGGAAGAGGAGGACCUUUAGUACCAUCUGUGUUUCUCACACUGGAAAAGAGCUUUCAGGAUGAACAGCAGUGGGCCGGUGUACCCUUUGGCCUCGCUCUAUGUGGGCGACUUGCAUCCUGAUGUCACGGAGGCCAUGCUAUAUCAAAAGUUCUCCCCUGCAGGACCCAUCAUGUCCAUCCGCGUGUGCCGGGAUAUCAUCACCCGCAGGUCCCUCGGUUAUGCCUACAUCAAUUAUCAGCAGCCUGCUGACGCUGAAUGUGCUCUGGACACGAUGAACUAUGAAGUGAUAAAGGGUCGUCCCAUCAGGAUCAUGUGGUCGCAGCGAGACCCUUGUCUGAGGAAGUCUGGAGUGGGGAACAUCUUCAUCAAGAACAUGGACGAGUCGAUCGACAACAAGGCGCUUUAUGACACCUUCUCUGCCUUUGGCAACAUUUUGUCAUGUAAGGUGGUAUGUGACGAAAAUGGCUCGAAAGGUUAUGGAUUUGUGCACUUUGAGACACAGGAGGCAGCGAAGCGAGCCAUUGAAACCAUGAACGGCAUGCUCCUGAAUGAUCGCAAAGUUUUUGUCGGACAUUUUAAAUCUCGUAAAGAGCGGGAGGCAGAGUUUGGCGCAAAGGCCAUGGAGUUCACCAAUGUUUACAUCAAGAACUUUGGAGACGAUUUUGACAAUGAGAAGCUACGCAAUAUCUUCUCUGAAUUUGGUAAGACCCUGAGUGUCCGUGUGAUGACUGAUGAAAAGGGGCGUUCUCGUGGCUUUGGCUUUGUGAACUAUGAAAACCACGAGGAUGCACAGAAGGCAGUAGCUGAGAUGAACGGAAAGGAAUUGAACGGACGAGUUCUGUAUGUGGGCCGUGCUCAGAAGAGACUGGAGAGACAGUCCGAACUCAAACGCAGGUUCGAGCAAAUCAAGCAAGAACGCUUAAACCGAUACCAGGGGGUGAAUCUGUACGUGAAGAAUCUGGAUGACGGUAUUGAUGAUGACAAACUGAGAAAAGAGUUUGCCCCCUAUGGCAUGAUUACCAGUGCUAAGGUGAUGACUGAGGGAGGUCACAGUAAAGGCUUUGGCUUCGUUUGUUUCUCCUCUCCUGAGGAGGCCACUAAAGCUGUGACCGAGAUGAAUGGCCGGAUCGUCAGCACUAAGCCUCUGUAUGUGGCCCUGGCCCAAAGGAAAGAGGAGCGCAAGGCCAUACUCACCAACCAGUACAUGCAGAGACUGGCCAGCGUGAGAGCCAUUCCUGGCCCUGCCAUGCCUACUUACCAGCAGAGUUCUGGCUACUACAUGCCUUCUAUACCUCAGCCUCAGGGACGUGCCUUCUACAGCACUGUACCAAAUCUACGACCAGCACCACGCUUUGCUGCCCAAGCCCCAAGACCACAGGCUCCUUACUCGGCUCAGACAAUGAGACCAGCAAUGCCACGCAGGACCUCCACCCCCAUCAGCACUGUGCGCCAAGCCUCCACCCAGGCUCCAGGUGUGAACACCCAGAGAAUGGCGCACAUCGGGACUCAGACAGCAGGUGGGCGAACUGUGGGAGGGCCUAUGGUGAGGGGCGUCUCUCAAUACAAAUACUCAAGCGGGGUUCGAAAUGUUCAACAGGUCAUCACUGUACCAACUUCUAUUCCACAGCAGAUGGUGCCUUCUGCAGUUAUGGAGCCUGCAGUUCAUAUAAAAGGUCAAGAGCCCCUUACUCCAUCAAUGUUGGCAGCCGCACCCCUUUUGGAGCAGAAACAACUACUGGGUGAACGUCUGUAUCCACUGAUCCAUGCCCUGCAUCCGAACCUCGCAGGCAAGAUCACUGGCAUGCUGCUCGAAAUAGAUAAUUCUGAACUUCUACUCAUGUUAGAGUCUCCAGAGUCACUGCAAACCAAGGUUGAGGAGGCAGUGGCUGUUCUUCAAGCUCAUCAAGCAAAGGAAGCCUCACCUAAGAAAUAGGUAACGUUUAUGCAGGCAUGAUCAUUGAAGGUCCACGGAUUUUGCAGAAGGCCAAAAAGGGGGUGUAAUAAAAAAUAAAUACAUUAAAAAAAAAAAGAUUAAUGGUGGGGGGGAGUAAUGUAGACACUUCAAAGGCAAUGGCACUUUUGUGAGUAGCUUUUACUCAUGUCAGUACUGCUCUGCACUAUGUUAUGUUAAUUCUGAGUUUUGUUAUAAAAAAGGAGGGGGGGGGAAGAGAAAAAUGCAACAAAAAAAUGACAAGGAAAAAAAAACCUGUGUUGUGCAUUAAAAUAUUUUUGGCUUACCCACA